AUGCAGACGUUUCUGUGGCUGUUUCCAUCGAACUAUCACCGAGGCAGAGCAGAAAGUCCCCACCGUGAACUCUUUGCCGAUCGUACAGUCUGCUGUGUCUCCUCCGAUGUUUUAAAACGUGAGAAGACCGCUCUUGUCCGCUGUGUUCCAAGCAAGCUCUUGACCAGAUUGUCGAUGGGGACGACAGACAGUCAUAUUGACUGCGUUUGUCUCGGUGCGCUCGUUGUGCCCUAUCGUGCUGAGAUCUGGUGGCUGUCAGUGGAACUGCGCCAUAACCGAUUGGCCACCCACGUCCAUGAUCUCCAAGGUAUUGCCGAAGACCAGCGGGCGGAGCGUGAAGAGGAGCACAGAAAGGCGCAUGAUGGAGACUGCGACUUUCGCACGUGUAGUCUGUGGAGGUGA